UGAAUUCUGUGUGUGAUACAACUGAAAAUAAUGGAGGAAGAAUUGAACUAUGUGACGGUGACUUUCAAGACUAAGAGUAUUUCUACACACGAGAAACCAAACAGAACAGAAACCGUCUAUGACACAGUGAAGACUGAGGAGCAAGAAUGGAAUCCAGUCGCACCAGAGAAAGUAAAGAAAGCUCCGGUGUAUACUCUGCUUCAUGUGGUGGCAGUAAGUUUGGGGAUAAUUUGUGUCAUCUUGGUGUCAGCUGUCAUCGCCCUCAGUAUCCACUUGAACACUGUCAUGUCAGAGUGGAACAGAAACAACAUCAGUCUUACAGCCCAAAAUCUGCUGCUGCAACAUAAGAAGACAAACUUAGAGAGGCAGAAAGAAGAGCUGACCAAAGUGAAAGAUGGACUGAACUGGACCAUUGGUGUUAUCCUGGAAUAUGAGACCUUUUCAGUGAAAACCCAGUGUCCACAGAAAGUGUGUAAACCUUGUCUGGACAACUGGGUAUGGUUUCAGUCAAGCUGUUACCUGUUUUCAAACUAUUACUUGAGGAGCUGGCAGAGGAGUCUUGAUACAUGCAGACAGAUACAUGCAGACCUGGUGGUGAUUGAAAGCCAGGAGGAGCAGGAAUUCAUCAACAACCAUACUUCAGCCUACCAUGAUAAGAAUAAUGGCUAUUGGAUUGGCUUAAGCAAAAAUGAGAUGGACACAUGGAAGUGGGUAGACGGAAGAAGCCUCAAUAUGACGUACUGGAAAACACAAGAAGCUGGCAACAAAGGCUCAUGUGCUUUAAGUCUGCCAAGUGCAGAUCCUCUGGCCAGCUGGGACAAAGUGGGGUGUGACAGUCGGAAUCGCUGGAUCUGUGAAACCAGAGCCCUGAUCAAAUCAGAUUAGGCAUGAGCUGAGUCAUCAUAUUAGUUUAUUUAACACUUGAGAAGUCAUCCUGUUUCUCUGGAAGCAGUUUCUGUUUUUUGUGGUGUUUCCCCAGUUUUUAAAAUUAAAGAUACAUAGUAUUUUUUGUGUUUUUUCCAACUUUACUGCAAGUAUCCAACCGUACAAAUGUUGCUGGCUGUGUAUGUAGGUUUGUAUAAGUACUUUAUUUUUAUUUUCCUAAUGCACACUCCCUUUUCUUGUUUGCAUAUUCUUUCUCUUUUUUGUUCUCUCUGUCUUAUCUUGUUUAUUUGUCUACUUGUUGCUUUAUGGAAGAGCAUUGUACAUGCACACCGGGAGCCACUGUACCAGAGUUAAAUUCCACUAGUAAAGAAAAAAGAUUAGAGCCCGCACCUUGAUUUAAUUCUCCACAAAAUUUAAUUCUUUUUAUUCAGGCAAAACCACCACACCAAAUGAUUUUUGCAGCUAGUUCUUAGAUAUGGACCCUUCAUUAUAGCUUAAUUGGUCUAAUAACCUGUUUUAUUGAUCAGUUUUGUUGUAUACUUUUUAUAAAAAACUAAAUUUUUUUCAGGGUGGGGCCACUGAGAGGUGACCUCUCUUUUUCAGGUACACCAUGUUCACAUAUGCAUUCCCACAUACUGCACCAGGCUUGAAAGUACAGUAUGUUGAAAGUAAACUUUGCUGAAUGUAGUAUUCAGCAAGCAGAUGCUAGUGUAAACUGUAUAAAUGUGUAUGUAAAUAUAUGUGUGUAUAUGCUUAUAUUUGUUCAUUUUUAUCUUGUGGUUCAUCAACAUGCGCAGGCUGUGAGAACCCCUCUGGGUCAAUAAAGACUAUUCAUCAUCCGUCUACUUUGUGCUGACUAAAUGUUAGAAUCUGUGUAUGUGCACUGGACCAUUGUGGAAGAAGUACUCAGAUCCUUUACUUAAGUAAAAGUAGCAGUACAACACUAAAAAUGCUAAUAGUAAUGUUACAAAUAAAAGUCCU